AGAGCCAGGAGAAGCUGCACCUCCCCCGCGGCCUCCCCAGGUCCCCAGCCCCGAGCGGCCGCAGCGGGGGUGGUGGGGGCGGGGCCGUGCGGGGGAGGGCAGAAGUGCCCAGGGAGGUGCUUCCGGGACAGAGGGCGGGCAAGAUGGCGGCCCCCAUGGAGCUGUUCUGCUGGUCAGGAGGCUGGGGACUACCGUCAGUGGACCUGGACAGCCUGGCCGUGCUGACCUAUGCCAGAUUUACUGGUGCUCCACUAAAGGUGCACAAGAUCACCAACCCCUGGCGGAGCCCUUCAGGAACUCUGCCUGCCCUUCGGACCAGUCAUGGAGAGGUCAUCUCAGUACCACACAAGAUCAUCACCCACCUUCGAAAAGAGAAGUACAAUGCUGAUUAUGAUCUGUCAGCCCGGCAAGGGGCAGACACCUUGGCCUUCAUGUCUCUACUGGAGGAGAAGUUGCUCCCAGUGCUGAUACACACUUUUUGGAUAGACACCAAGAACUAUGUGGAAGUGACCCGGAAGUGGUAUGCAGAGGCUAUGCCCUUUCCCCUCAACUUCUUCCUGCCUGGCCGCAUGCAGCGGCAGUACAUGGAACGGCUGCAGCUGCUGUGUGGGGAGCAUAGGCCUGAGAAUGAGGAAGAGCUGGAGAAGGAGCUGUACCGAGAGGCCCGGGAGUGCCUGACACUUCUCUCUCAGCGCCUGGGCUCUCAGAAGUUCUUCUUUGGAGAUGCCCCUGCCUCCUUGGAUGCCUUUGUCUUUAGCCACUUGGCCCUGCUGCUACAGGCAAAGCUGCCCAGUGGGAAGCUGCAGGCCCACCUGCAGGGGCUGCACAACCUCUGUGCCUAUUGCACCCACAUUCUCUGCCUCUACUUCCCCUGGGAUGGAGCUGAGGUGCCACCCCCACACCAGACACCAGUAGGCCCAGAGACUGAGGAGGAGCCAUACCGGCGCCGGAACCAGAUCCUAUCUGUGCUGGCAGGACUGGCAGCCAUGGUGGGCUAUGCCUUGCUCAGCGGCAUUGUAUCUAUCCAGAGGGCAACGCCUGCCCGGGCCCCUGGCACCCAGGCCCUGAGUAUGGCUGAAGAGGAUGAAGAGGAAUGAUUUGUCCUCAUUCUCCCAGGACUUGUUUUUCUACUGUCAUGCAUUCCAGAGGCCCCUGUACCUCCCCAUUGUUGGUACAGCCAGAAAUGGGGUGCUACCCCCCAGAAUAAAGCUGCUCACACUGAGUGGGAUCAAA